GAGGCAGCGGCCGCGGUGCGCGCCAGAGGCGCGGGGAUUGGCUGUGGCGGGCGGAGACGUCAGGCUCCCGCGGCCCCAGCGGCCGCCCGGCGCGGCGCGGCGCAGUCGGCUCGAGUGGUCUGGUAACGGAGACUUGUUCCCGGCCCUGCCGUCCUCCGCCGCAGUCCCUGGGCUGCGCCGCCGUCGCCGGGACGCGCCGCCGAGCCCCUCGUCGCCUUCAGCCCCGCGGCCUCCGUUCGUCUCGUCCUCCGCUCGCCCAUCAUGACGAAGACUGAGAAGAAGUCCUUCCAUCAGAGCCUGGCCGAGUGGAAGCUGUUCAUCUACAACCCGACCAGCGGAGCGUUCCUGGGGCGCACCGCCAAGAGCUGGGGUCUGAUCUUGCUCUUCUACCUAGUUUUUUAUGGGUUCUUGGCUGCACUAUUCACAUUCACAAUGUGGGCCAUGCUGCAGACCCUGAAUGAUGAGGUUCCGAAAUACCGAGACCAGAUUCCUAGUCCAGGACUUAUGGUUUUUCCAAAACCACUGGCUGCCUUGGAAUAUACAUUCAGCAUGUCUAAGCCACCUACUUAUGAGAAGUUCACUGAAGACCUAAAGAGGUUCCUAGAGCCAUAUUCUGUAGAACAACAGAAGAAUCUCACAAACUGUCCUGAUGGAGCACCUUUUAAACAGAAUGGUCCAGUUUAUCAAGCAUGUCAGUUUCCAGUGUCCUUGCUUCAAAAUUGUAGUGGUGUGAAUGAUGCUGAUUUCGGCUAUUCCAAAGGACAACCUUGUAUUCUUGUGAAAAUGAACAGAAUAAUCGAAUUAAUGCCAGAUGGAGCUCCACAGAUAACGUGUAUGACAAAGGAUACAGACAUAGCAAAUGUAUUGACCUAUCCUGACCAUGGAUUCAUAGACUUAAAGUAUUUUCCAUAUUAUGGGAAAAAACGGCACGUUGGGUAUCGACAGCCUCUAGUUGCCAUACAGGUCAUCUUUGUUUCUAGUGCUACCAAGAAAGAAGUAACAGUUGAGUGCAAAAUUGAAGGAUCACAGAACCUAAAAAACGAGGAUGACCGCGACAAGUUUUUGGGACGAGUUGUGUUCAAAGUCACAGUGAGCACCUAGGAGUAGGGUGUCUCCACAGAAUAAAUGUUGUGCUGUCUCCAUUUUGUAUCAGCUGGACCUGCCAUUCUAGAAUUAUGAAGCCACCUUGGAGGAGGUGGUGUGGUACACACACUGGGAUGACAUCAUAACGUGCUUCCAGAUCAUAGUGUUCAGUGUCGUCUGAAGUAACUGCCUGCUGCCUCUGCUGCCCUCUGAACCAGUGUACGGUCGCCAGAUAGGGACCAGAGAGCUCCCAGUUCCAAACCCGCAGAGUGGGAGUCUCGCCUUCUGUGUAAUUGCCAAACGUCUAAAGCUUAAUGUGCUGUGCUGUGUAAAUAUUUUAUGGAUUUAACACUGGUAACUGUCAUAUUUUGAUGCCAACAAAGUUUUAGGGAUAAAAUGGUACCUUGCCAACAUCAAGUGACUUUAGCUGCAAGAAAUGUGUGAGAAGUUCUGUAUGUGAGGAGGAAAAAGAAAAUAAAAGUUGAUCUGAAA